GUAUUCGGAUGUUAGGUUCUCAAGCAAUAUAGUGUAAAAUUGAUAAAAUUGCUUAAUAAAAAGACCAGUUGGUAGAAACGUCCUUAUUUUCAAUGUCUGCUAUAAAAAGAGUACAGCAAUGGGCAACGUUUGCUCGUGUUUGGCAUAUUUACGAUUGUACCUGGCAAAACCCAUUUGAAUCUGCCAGUUUAAUCAAAAAACAUUUGAUGGGAUUGCAUAAGCCUAUAUAUCAUCCAAUGAAUGACUGUGGUGAUCAUGUAGUUGUAAUCAACACUGCAGACAUUGCAUUACCAGGUGAUGAAUGGAAAAAACGAGCUUACUUUCAUCACACUGGAUACGCAGGGGGAGCAACCUGGACGUUAGCUUGGGAGCUGCAUGAAAAAGAUCCUACUAUGAUUAUGAAAAAGUCAAUUUAUCGUUCGAUGCAUGGUAAUCUCCAACGUCGACAUACUAUGCAAAGGUUGCAUCUUUUCAAGGACGCAAAUGUUCCUAAGGAAAUUCUCGAAAACGUUACUAAUCAAAUACGUCAGCCAAGGCGAGUUCCGGAACGGCUAGACUUGAUGGAUCCAGAACAAGUUAAAAACUUCCCUAAGAUCAUGGAUUAUCCCGAAGAAUACAUUCUUCGAUAGUCCGAGUUUCUUUCACUCACCGUAGAAAAAAAAACAGAAAAUAGACAAAACAAGUUUAUUGUAUUAGGAAUUAACAAAACAUCGACUGCGAAAUACUUUCAGUAGCGCACUGAAAUCUGAAAACUUCGAACGCAAAUGUCCCUCCCGGGUUUCAUUUCGCAUCGUCAUACGGCAGAUUCCAGAACACUAUAGAAAC